AAUAGGGAAGUUUUGCAGGGGUUACGUUUGCAGUCAGUCCGGUGUUUGCAAAUAUUGUGUGGGCUCCGCGCGCGCGCUGCGGGCUGCGGGAGGGUCCGGACCGGGGCGUCUGGUUGAGUUUGCAUGAAACUUUCACCUGCCCUGGCGGGGAGAGCUUCGGCUGCGGCUCCAGCGCGCACACCUCCCCGUGUUCCCGACCGCGGGGGCUGUCUUUUCCAACCCGACAUGGAUGUGCUCCCAAUGUGCAGUAUCUUCCAGGAGCUCCAGAUUGUGCACGAAACGGGCUACUUCUCGGCUCUGCCGUCCCUGGAGGAAUACUGGCAACAGACCUGCCUGGAAUUGGAACGUUACUUGCAGAGCGAACCCUGCUAUGUUUCGGCCUCAGAAAUCAAAUUUGACAGCCAGGAAGAUCUGUGGACCAAAAUCAUUCUGGCUCGGGAGAAAAAGGAGGAAUCUGAACUGAAGGUGACUUCUAGUCCUCCAGAGGAUUCUCUGAUCAGCCCGAGCUUUAGCUACAACCUGGAGACCAACAGCCUGAACUCGGAUGUCAGCAGCGAAUCAUCUGAUAGUUCGGAGGAACUUUCUCCCACUUCCAAGUUUACCUCUGACCCCAUCAGUGACGUCUUAGUCAAUUCAGGAAAUCUGAGCUCCUCUGUGACCUCCACGCCUCCUUCUUCUCCAGAACUGAGCAGGGAGCCUUCUCAACUGUGGGGUUGUGGACCCGGUGAGCUGCCCUCACCUGGGAAGGCACGCAGUGGGACUUCGGGGAAGCCAGGUGACAAGGGGAGUGGCGACGCCUCCCCAGAUGGCAGGAGGAGGGUACAUCGGUGCCAUUUCAACGGCUGCAGAAAAGUUUACACCAAAAGCUCCCACUUGAAAGCCCAUCAGCGUACUCACACAGGAGAAAAGCCUUACAGAUGCUCUUGGGAAGGGUGCGAGUGGCGUUUUGCAAGAAGUGACGAGUUAACCAGACACUUCCGAAAGCACACCGGUGCCAAGCCUUUUAAAUGCUCUCACUGUGACAGGUGUUUCUCCAGGUCCGACCACCUGGCCCUGCACAUGAAGAGGCACCUCUGAGGGCGGAGAGCAGGUGAAUCCUGUGGGCUAAGAGGCUUCCAGGCUGAGAGACGGCCGUGGAAGGAGGGAUGCGUGUUCCAGCCAAAGCAUGCCAUUUUGCACCCUACCCAGUUGCCUCCAGGGCCUCUCCUUGGAAGGUCUUUCGAGGGCUAAAAAGUCAUGGAGGAAGCGGCAUAGCACCUGUGGUGCGUGGUGUUUGGGUGACCCUGGACUCGCCACUGGUACCUAACCUUCCGAGUGGUUCUUAAGCCUUUGCUGUGAGCAUGCGCACUGAGAAUGUUAAUGGUUGGGUUGACUGUAUGUUGAGGAUCUAUUACUGAUUGUAUGAUGAGGCAGACUUUUUUUCCUUGUGGCGCCAAACUGCAAGAGACAGAAAAAAAGUAGUUUGAAUGUUUUGUGUGUAAGGAAUAUACCAUGAGAUGAGACGACCACCAAUCAUUUCCUGGGAGGGUGUCCGCACCUUAGAAAAGAAAAAAAAAAAAAAAAAACAAUAAAAAACAACAACAACAACAACAACAAAAA